AGUUUGGAAACAAUUGCUUUGAUUAUUUGUAGUUCUUUUUACUCGAUGUAUUUAUGCAUGUGUGUAUACGCAUUCAUGCAUCUAUAAAAGUUUAUUAAAAUUGUGGUACAUUAGUUUACGUCAAAGGGAAAAGUGAAGACACAUAUUUUAGGCGAUGCCUGUCUAUAUACAUAUAUUAAUGAUAACAAAAUUAACAAGAAUAGAUUGUGAUUAAAUAAAAGCAACAUAUUAACAUUAAUACACAGAAGAGGAAAUUUCUCAUAAAGAAACAUCCACCCCCCGCAUCGUUCGAGAGUAAAGUUCAGAAGUACAUACGUAUGUAUGUAUAUAAAUUAAAGAUAAAAUAUAUAUUGAAGUUAAUAUGGGUAAAAACAUUGAAAUAUAUAACUAAAUUUUAACAUCUUGUAAUAGUUAGAAAAGUGUUUAAAUGAGCCCAACAAUCAAAACAGUCGCCUGAUUAAAACAAAACUCGAUAAAAAAUGUUGGAUACACCACGUGUGAUAUGAGAUGCAAAGUAAAACUUAUCUACACCACUGUAUUAAAUAGUAAUAAGCGUACGAUAUAAUUAUCCUGUAUUACAUACAUAUGUAGAAAGAAGAGUUAUUCCAGCUUUCAGCCCUAAUGACUCUGUGCUAUUACUCCCAAUCAUUUACUUACCGUAAGAGCGAAACAAAAUAUGUUACUUAUAAGUGCGCUCGCGCUGGGUUUUGUGGACUCAACAAAUUUCAAUGCAGGCAUUCACUUGGGCAUAUUUAAUCUUGCGACAACAGCGGUGGCUGCAGCCACAACGGCGGCGAUAAACACAGCUGUUGCAGAAGAUAACGUGGACGCUGUGAUAAGUGGCACAAUGCCGGUAAUAUCCACAGAAGACACUCAUGUUAAAGCUUUGACAACUGAUGCUGUUAGUGGCACUUCAAUAGCGCAUACAACGACAUCAGUUGGCAGUAGUGCGGGCAGUGGUACCAUUACUUGGGAUAACAAUGGUACUCUUCGAUCACUUAAUCCAGGCGAUUGGUCGAUCGAACAGUGCGUUAUUUGGGAAAGGCCUCAUCAUCUUUAUUAUCAACUUGGGAAUGCCUUCUUUCUACUAGCAUUUUUGGCACCGCAUGGACCUUUUGGCGCAUUGUGGCUGAGAGCACUGAUUCUCAUCGGAUGCACGCUGAUGGCGAUGUAUGGCUACUUGGUAGAGUGUAAACCAGAUAUAGUGAUAUGGUCUGGACUAUUUUUCAUCGUCAAUUUCAUUUACCUAAUUAUUGUGUUGUGUCGAUUGCGACCUGUUCGAUUCGAUAAAGAAAUUGAAGGGGUAUAUGCCAGUUUAUUUAAACCCCUUCGUGUGACGAGACAUCAGUUCAAAAAAAUUUUGAGUUGUAUGAAACUAAUCCGAUCGUUGAAAUACCAGGAAGUGUAUGCGCAAGAGAAAAUAACCAAAGUUGACAGUCUAUCGCUCGUUCUGUCUGGAAAGUUGGUUGUAUCGCAGAAUCAGAGGGCCUUACAUAUAGUGUUUUCUCAUCAGUUCCUAGAUUCGCCGGAAUGGUUUGGAGUAUCAACCGAUGAUUACUUUCAGGUAUCUAUUAUGGCUAUGGAGGAGUCACGUGUUCUUAUUUGGCAUCGUGACAAAUUAAAAUUAUCGAUAAUGGCAGAACCAUUUUUACAAUCAGUUUUUGAUCACAUUUUGGGCCGCGACGUUGUGAAGAAGUUGAUGCAGGUCACACAGGUAAGCGAAUCCAUAGCUAGUAAUGGAUUUUUACCAUCGGGCAGUUAUGAUGAUGCCGAAGACAAGCCCAUGCUGAUCAUGAAGAAGAGUGUGGAAGGACAUGGCCUAACGGCAUUAAUAAAUCGCCAGCUUCAGGCCAUACCGAGGAUAUCAAAGUACUAUGAUUGCGCGGGUGAUCCUAACUCCUGGCGAUUAGGUAGAAUUGAUGAGACUGACCAUGAGACGGCUGUGUGAGUGUUACAUAUAUAUAAGUAUAUGUAUCCCAGAGAUGCAACAGCGUUCAUACGAGCAAAGUAUAUCCCAGCCCUGGCUUAAAUAGAUAUGUAUAUAAAGGCAGAGUAAUUAUAUGUAUAUUGUGAAUUGAUGUAAAUCAAGGGUGGCAAUGGAGACAAAGUGCGAAUGGAAUUUUUCUAAGUAUUACUAGCAAAUAAGAAAAUUAUAUAAUUCUUGUAUUGUUUGUACAGUAACGACAAAAAUCUAAAUACAUAAAUUCGAUUAUAGACAAAGUAACGAAAUUUUAAAUAUAUAUAUAUAUGUAUAUAUAUAUAUUUAUAUACAUAUAUACAUAUGUAUGUAUGCAAGAUGUAUACUAAAAAAUCAUACCAACAUUCUUCUGUAAAUUCAAAGUUUAAUAUUCUUUAGCAUAAUUUUAAAAUAUAUCAGGGCAGUUGGAAUUUUUAUUUUUUACUCAAUUUAAUUUAUUCUGUUCACAUUUUCAGUUUUAACUAUUGAUUACAUUAUACGAUAAAAACGAGUUUUUUCUGAGCAUUGAACGAAACCAAUAUUUUUCGAGAGAUUAAGUAUAAAAGCCCGUUUUGUGUUUUUUGAGUUUAAUUUCCAAAAGCGUUAUAAGCCUGUUUUGAAAUGUUGAAUUUUUAUUUCGUUUUUAUAGGGUAACUUUGAAAACCCAUAUUUUUUUGUCUUAUAACUCAACCUCUCCAAAAAUAUAGGACUCGUCCAAUGCCCAUCCCCCUUUGUACCCUUUUUUAUGACAUAAGUUACACAAUUUGGUUUUGCAUACGCAUCUGUGUAGAUAUCUAUUAUAUAUAUGGAGUAGCAAACAUAGGUUUCAUCGAUUAUUUAUUUAAUAAUAGAUACAGUGUAAUAUGCAUAUUAGUUUUACUCUCACCAAGUAUAUAUACGUAUAUAUUUAUGUUUAUGGCAAUAGAAAUAACGCAUAAGAAACCUUUAGUAAUUGGUAAGAUGGUUUAAAAACUUUCAAAUUGAGAACAAAACUUUGGCAAACUUUGGAAUAAGUUGUAAACACCAUUUAUUAGUAUUUUAACUUAUUAUUUUUUUUUAAUAUUUUUAAUACCUCGAAGGACAACCCAAAAAGUCCGGAAAAUAUUUUUUUAGCGUCUUUCACGUUUAGACAUCAAAAUAAGUUCACAGGAAUCUUAUAAAAUAUGCAUGCAAAAAUGAAGUUAUAACGUAAAAAAGUAUUACAAAAUAUUAGAAUUGUGAGCAUUUAUUUAUUUUAUAAAUAAAAUAAAAAAACGACAAAUAUACUUUUUUUAAAUAUGAACAAAUAAAUUAUAUUUACAUAUGUCCUUUUUUGAACUUAAUUCAUUACUUGCAUAUAUAAUUUUUUAUAAUAUCUUGUGAUGCUCAACCCGAAAAUUAAUAAAUAUAUGAAUCUUUGAAUUCAAAUUUUGUAGAUCUGUGUUAUACAAAAAGUUUC